GCAACCGUCGGAUCCCCGCGCCCCGAUUUUCCGUUUCUCAUCUAACGGUCGCCGGCCCUUCUUCUUCCUCCCCUCCGGCGUACACAGGCAACAUUCCCAUCAAAAAAAUCAAACCCUAAGCCCAUCCGCCAUUUCCGAUCUUCCAGGACCGCGGGGCAGCAGCGAUUCCGACCGGCGAAACCCCACGCGCCGCCGUGCAGGGCUCGGUUUUCCGCCGGCGACGUGGUUCGCGCGGGCGGUGCUGGAGACGAGGUGCAAGCUGAGGACGGAGGAGGUUCCGUCGGAGAAGGAGGAGGUGCGAGAAUGGGGGUGGAUUACUACAACAUACUGAAGGUGAACAGGAACGCGAGCGACGAGGACCUGAAGAAGGCCUACAAGCGGCUGGCGAUGAUAUGGCACCCGGACAAGAACCCGACGAGCAAGCGGAGCGAGGCGGAGGCCAAGUUCAAGCAGAUCUCCGAGGCCUACGACGUCCUCAGCGACUCCCAGAAGCGCCAGAUCUACGACCUCUACGGCGAGGAGGCCCUCAAGUCCGGGCAGUUCCCGCCCCGGGGCGGCGGCGUCGGCGGCGGCGGCGGGCAGCCGCAUUUCGCGCACCGGCCGCCAGGGGGCCACCACCAGUUCAACGGCAGCGGGGCUUCGUUCACGUUCAACCCGCGGGACGCGGAGGAUAUAUACGCGGAGUUCUUCGGAUCGGAGAGCAACGGAGGAGGGGGCGGCGGGAGAGGGAGGAGGGCGUACGGAGGAGAUGGGUUCUUCAAGGCUUCGAAUGGCGGGGCGAGCGCCAGCCACGGCGGCGGCGGGGAGUUGAGGAAGGAAGCGCCGGUGGAGAACGCGUUGCCGUGUAGCCUGGAGGAGCUCUAUAGAGGAGCCAAGAAGAAGAUGAAGAUUUCGAGGACGAUUUCCGAUGGGUUCAGUAAAAUUCGCACUGUGGAGGAGAUAUUAACCAUUGAGAUUAGACCAGGUUGGAAGAAAGGCACAAAGAUCACUUUCCCUGAGAAGGGCAAUCAGGAGCCUGGCGUCAUCCCUGCAGAUCUUAUAUUUGUGGUGGAUGAGAAGCCGCAUGCAGUUUACAAGAGAGAUGGUAAUGACCUGGUGGUCGACCAGGAAAUAACAUUACUGGAGGCGCUUACUGGUAAGAACCUUGAAUUGACAACCCUGGAUGGUAGAAAUCUUGUGAUCCCACUCAAUGAGAUCAUCAAACCUGGUUUGGAGAAGGUCGUUCCUAAUGAAGGGAUGCCUAUCUCUAGAGAACACGGGAGAAAGGGAAAUUUGAGAAUUAAAUUUGAUGUCAAAUAUCCUUCAAGACUAACUGCAGAUCAGAAAUCUGAUUUAAGAAGGGUUCUGGGUGGUGUUUUGUGAGAAAUUGUCUUAACUGACAGUAUCAAGACAAUUUUUCACAGAAUACUACCAGGGAGCAUUUUACUAUUAUUUUGGGAUGUACAGAUAUAUCUCUAGAAUGUUGGAAAAAUGUGAAUAGUAGGUAGUCUUAAGGGGCUCGGGAUGUGGGCCGACCAUGGUUCACUAUUUUUUGCUUUUUGGCAUUUUUGAAUCUGGAUCGGACAUAUAGUCGGGGACAGAAAAUUGCUAUAUGGUGCAAUGAAAAGGUUUAACUAAAGGGAUCAUAUCUGUAAGUUUGGUCGAACUUUUCACGAUUGCCAUGUGAUAUUGGUCUUUGCUCUUAAAAGGUCCAUUUGUGACGUCUCAUCGUUUGCAGUUUGGAAAAGAAUGGUAGAUUGUUUUUGAUCA